AGGGGAACGAUCACGUGAAUUGGUUGAUUUCCAAUUGUAACUUGUUUCUCAACUUGAACUUGUCACUGCCAGUUGUUCUUGAACUCCUCUUACUUUCCCGGCCGUGGCUGGGACGUAUCUACUAAUCUCAAACUGAACUUUCGGCCCAUACUAUGUCCUCUUUCCAGACGACGGAAAUCCUGUUCAACUCUCCCGCGUUGCACUCGCUCAAACGUGACCAACUCGUAAAGCUCUGCAAAAUUCACUCUGUAAAGGCUUCAGGGAAGAAUGUCGAACUUAUCGAGAGACUGAAGAGGGUAGCCGAGGAUCUUCCCAAAGGAUCCCUAAGUAUCGGUUCGGGAAAUCAUGACAUUGAUAACGGCGAUAUGGAGAUUGACGAGGCGGCUGACAACGGCGGGAACAACAAAGAGAACUACGCCGACCGCAAAAUAGGCAGCACUACCGCGGUGGUGAAUCCUCCUCGUCCAAGUGAGCAAUGGGAGGUCAUGGAGAGCAUCGCGGAGUGCGAGAACGAAGAUAGCGGAUCGCGAAACGGAACGUUGAGAAGCAUCGCGUCCAACAGAGAGUUUGGAACAGGUGGCUCAAAGUCAUUGGCCUCUUCUUUAGGGCUCAAACGCAGCACUUCCGCCAAAUCUGUCGUGGCCAGUUCUCUCUCAGAGCAACCUCCCGUAGUACCGCCUAUAAGUAGCGAAAAACUCCAGAAUGCACAUGCGUCAGGAACUCGAGGAGACCGAUUUCCGCCUGCCACUGAUGACGAGCUCUCUAAACACGCGAUUCCAUAUACCCGUUUACCUGUUCCUUCACCGAAUCAGAUCCCACAGACAGAUCACUUUUCCGACUUCUCGCACUUUGGUGCAAACCCCCCUACUCCUGCCACGCUCUCAAAGUUUGAUUUUAACCGGGAGGAUACUGCUCCACUCCCAGGCCAUGUGCUCAGACCCGGAGCGCCUGCACCAAAUAAUGCUAGGUUAAGUUUGGGAGAUGCUCGCUUCAGCUUGGGCUAUGGGUUAGCAACUCCCAGAAAAAGUGCAUCGGGUGCUACCACGACCAUUCGAUUAGUAUCGUCGUCAUCCAUGAUCGGUAUCACAAAUUCCCCUGGACCUUCGACUUCCACACUUGACAUUGAAAACUCGAGCACGCCACAUCUAAAGCCGUGGAACACAGCGUUUGAUCUUGUACUAGGAAGUCCCUCGGGGCCUGGUCAAGGCGAAAAUGUCAAGAUAUACCCUGACUUGCCCAUGGAAGAUGUGCUUGUCAGUUCUACGACCGUUGAGCCCUCUCAAUCUUUAUCAGAUGGUUUUCCCCAUCCUUCUGGCGUAAAAUCUCAGGCAUUUGUAUUCGGCUCUCCGUUGCCUCAGCAUAGAGUGUCCAAUGCACAGUUUCAAACAGCCGCUGCGUCGGUUCUAGAGGAGAUGAAUCGCCGCUUGCUUGCUGAUGGUGUCGAAGCAGUUGGUACUUCCCUCGUUUCAAACCUGCGUCCUGGCGCUGGAAGUCAUCUUACUCCCGGUACCCAGAAAGUAUACACAGACAGAGAGAUCAAACCUUUGCGCAAGAGCUUCGGCGCCCAUGCUGUGCAAAAGGAAAUACAACAAAAGUUCGAAAAAGCCCAUCAGGACCAAUUCGAUGGAAUGGAGAGUAUCGCCGGAUAUCUGGACCGCAAGAAUAAUUCAUCGUUGGUCGGAAAAGCACCUGUAGGCACUAGUUCAAGUAUUGAAUCGGUACAGAUGGGAAAGAAGAGGAAGUCCAGCGCUGUAGAUGAUGGUCGCCAUGCACCAGCGAAGCGUCCAAGCACUCGAGUGAUAAGCAACACCAGAAGAACUGUUCCUGGAGGCUUUGGGGAGGAGGAUGAGGAUGAGGAAGCGCCUGUUGGAAAGAAACCUAGAGUCGAGUUCUCCGGUAAGGAUGAUACCGGAGCAAAGGAGGUUGAUCAAUCAGCUUUAGAGAAAUCAGAAAAGGAGCGAGACGCUAUUCGCCGAAAGUUAGAGAUGAACCGAGCUCGGAGGAGGAGCAGUGCUGCGAACGGGAGAGCUAGUAUGGGACGCGGAAGAGUCAGUGUGGGUCGUAACAGCAAGCUGCCGCCAAAGCAGGCGGUGUCCAAGUCUAGGUUCGGAUUCCUAUCCAAUGCAGCAAAGUCUAUCGUAAAGGGUGUCUGGGGUGGAGGGAAAAAAACCCCUGCUGUAGUUCCGCCUAAACCAGUAUCCAAAGCCCCUUCCAGUUCAACAUCUAUAGCGAAGUCAGUGCCCUCUACUGGAGUUACGGAGGCAAAAGCCAAAGUUGCGCCUUCCGGUACUCAAAGGAAAUUCUCUGCAACAGAUUCAGGUACUUCACCUCGCAACAGGGAUGUCUCUAACGCGGGAACAAUGAACUCUCUGGGCUCUGUGGCUACAACGAUACAUUCUUCCCGAUCCCGGUCUCCUCUACCCUCAUUUGCGGCUCCGACCAAGAGUAGUAGUGUUCGAUCAUCGGCCACGGGUACUACGUUCACGCGCAAUAGCUCUAUCGCGAACUCUUCGAGGGUCUCUCGAACUUCAACAACUUCAACAACUUCAUCAAGGGUUUCCAGUCUCGGUGUACGCGGAACCCUCGAUCCUAACCGUGUUAGCUCGACGACAAGUUCGCGUCUCCUUGCCCCCACCGCUAGCUCUUUGGCUAAAGCCGCUAGCUUAAAUAAACUCAAGUCUGAUACCCUCAAUGUUCCGACUGAAACCCCGUUUGCUUCUUCGCCGUCUUCUUCAAAAAUAUUUAGCAAGCCGCUUGUGGUGCCUAAGGGCUCGGGAUUGCCUUCUCCAGUUCGAAGUGGAAGAUCACAGACUGUUACUCGAGAGAUAACUGUCAAACAACGUUCUUUAUCAGGUCGUAAACCACGUAUAUCUCGCUCGAAGGUAAUUGCCAAACUAGCGUCCCAACGCAACCCUUCGGGGGGAUCGGGGCCAUCGGUUAGUACAGAUUAUACAGGUCCAUCCGCAGUUGGUCUGGCCGCGAAGCGGUCAAGCCUUGGUGUGGGGGUGCACAAGGCCCCAAGGAAGAGCAUGGGCGCAGCACGAAGAAGUCAUAUCGGCGUGUCUGGAGCCAGAAGUAGUGAAGCAAGCGUAUUGUUGAGUGCCAAGAAGAGGGCAAGGCAGAGCGAGUAUGCUCGUAGGAAAAGUAGGGCUGCCACUAGUGGUGCAGAACCUAUGAAGGUCGAUGCAUGAAAUGGCCAGUGUGAGCGCUGAGCUUUUUAUGUCUUCUUUUUUUUCUUUCGUGAAUAUGAACAGUUGCCUAUUUUAUUCGUAUGGAGUACGAUUCGAAUGUCAUCCCUCUUAAACCAAACUUCCAAUUACCUAGUCUUUACAGUAUUGUACUAUUUUUCUAGCAAGUCAUUUCGAAUCAUCUGCGGUAUUAUGAAGGACUGUACGGUUCAAGCGAGUGCAAAACAACGGUGGUCACUGUACCUAGCAGAUAUUAAUAUGACGGUAAGUGUGCCAAAGAUAUAAAAGGAUAUAAAUCGCCCAACAUGUGGUAAGGAACGGAAAGGAAAAGAAACGGAUAGGAAAAAGACCGGAGAUAGAG